AACUAGUCUCCCGCCCUUUCGGCCGUUGAAACCUGCGCGUGAAAGACUGGAAACACCUUACGCUAAGCCUGCAUACAAGAUCACCAUAUUCACACUGGGUCAUGACGAGUGACUUGUUGUGCUGCAGUCGUUGCUACUCCUGGACCUCUAAGAGAUCCUUAGUGACAUCAACAUGGACGGGCACGAAGCUGCAGAGAGCGAGGAUGGCAUAGCACAGACCCAGCAACAUCCGCUCCCUAUCCACAAUCCAGCAGGAUUCCAGUAUCACGACGCGAGGACGGCGCGUUACAGCAAGCUGCCUCUGAUGCGGUCCGGCAGGCUCGGUUUAGACGGUCCGGGGAAUAACCAGUCCCUGUUAGUGAUGAGGCGUGUCGAUCCAGACCUGCCUGUCACCUCUGUCACUCCGCAGAAGUGUGCCGGACAAAUUCCCAAGGCACUACGGCUAGCAACAAGGAGAUUCGAGAGGAUGGUGUACCAGCAUGACAUGCCCACAGCAGUAGAGCCGCAGAAGCCGUCGGUGGAGACGCUAGCUCUCCACCUGCUGGCAAACGAUCGCUCAAAUGCGGGUAGCAAAGUGUCUCGGUCUUUGGAUCAUGACACAUUACUGUCUGUUAUGAAUGUUUUAAAGCCGAUCACGGACCAGUCAGCGACAAACAAAGAAAAUGUUCAACCGGCGACGCGUCGGCCGGCUGGAACAACAACAUAGCGCAGGAAUAAAGCGAGACGCCGCAGAGCCGGACAAGCUUCGCCCAGAAACUAGGAACCCAGAAAUACGCUCCCAUGGCCAUGUAUGUGUGAAAAGCGUAUGGGCUAGUGAAGAGGAUGUGUAGGGCAGAGUCGAUAUGAACUUUU